AUGUCGGCCAGCGUUGCCCAUGCUCGUGCCCAUCCCCAUCAGAGCAGCUUCACUCCCUCGGACAAGCUUGAAGACCAAGCUGCCUCUGCGGCAUUGUCUGUCGCUCGAGACACUCCCACCACCAAGCACAGCUCUUCUUCCGUCCUCGACCACGAAGGUCGGCUAUCUGCUGCCAGUGCUGCGCUUUCUCUGAAGUACGCACGAGCUGAAGAUCUUCCUUCGUUUCCUUCAACUGGCGGCGUCAAGCUCGCAUCCGCCGGCGCCGCAGCAAGUCUCGCUGAGUCCAAUAAGAAACCCGUCCAGCUUUGGACACCCGGCGCCAUCCCCCACGCGAACACGGCGGCGUACAGAGCAAAAGACUAUGAGAUGGAGCCCAUGUGGAAGCCGGAGCUGAGCCGGGCGGGUUCCCAGGCCGCACUGGCUGCCCACCGAGAUGCUGCACCGGUAGACAUCUGGAGGGCUCCGGAAACAGAGCAGGGUCAUUCUGCCGCAUCCUCGGCCUUGCAGAAUCCCAAAUCUCCCCCACCGAUCACCGAGAGAAAUGUGUCUAGCGAUGGGCGGCAAAAGGCACUUUUGGCUGCAACAGCUUCCAUAUCCGGUGGCAGACGGCGAGCAGAGUCCGCACCCAUACGCCCGUCGGCAACACCGGUUCACUCUGCCUGGGCCAUCAAAGCUGCGACGUCAUCUCAGAACAUGAGACCUCCCAUGUCACCAACUCCACCGUCAACGAGCGAAUUGUCAGGUGCGGACGCCGCCAGAGUCCAAAAUAUGGCCAGGAACAACGUCUCUCGACAGAUGUACACGUCCAAUCCGCCGGUCGCCAUAGAAGUGGAAGAACGGAGGAGGCAAGAAAUGCUCCGUGCCUCUGCGGUUGCCAUGGCGAGGAAAAUGUUCGCUAUCCAACAGGCUCAGAUCGAUGAGGCGAGGGGAAUCCACCGUUCACAAAGUCACUACGCUGCAUACACGGCCCGACGACGCGCACAAUCAGAUGCCGCGAAUCAGCCCGCAACCACUGAAAACUUGCCACGAUAUGAGAACCUCGAAGAGGCUGCCCGAAGAUUGGCUCAAGAGCGACUCGCUAAGCUACAUGAUGAACACGCUGAAUAUCGGCAGUACUAUGGACAACAGACUGCGCCACCAAGGUCACGGCUCACAUUACGGCGCGGACGGCGGACGUCUAACAUUCGAGAAGACGAUAGUGAUUCUGACUUGGAAGAGUCACGCAAAAUCCGGGCACAAAUGUCUCUGUUUCAGGGCAAGCUCGCCGAGGUCGACAGCAAGAAGCGACAAGCGGAUCGAGAUGCAUUGCUUGCCGUGGCACACAAGAACGUCACGGCUCGUAUGAAUGCCAUUGAUGAAAAGGUGUUUUCGGAAACCGGCAAGACCAGUCCGCAACAACGCGAGCUGUGGGAGCGUCAGGCUCGGGAAAGGGCUCAACGCGAAAGCGACGACAGGCUGCUUCAUGUGGGAAAGGUUCACAUAGGAGGUGGCAAGUACCUUGAGCAAUCAGAGAUCGAAGCAAUCGCCAAGGCUCGACUGCAACCGACCCUGGAUGAGAUCACCGAGAAAGCCGAGCAACAAAGGGCCAAGGAUGAGGAGCUUAGACUAGAACAAGAGAGGAUCAAGGCCGAACAGGAAGCUGAGAAGAAACGGCAGGCCGAAAUCAAGGCAGAACAAAAAGCUGUCGUCGAUCGUGAAAAAGCCGAACAAAAGGCCCAGAAGGCCGAAGAGAGACGAGUUCAGCUAGAGCAGAAGCAUGAAGAGAGACGUGCGCGCACCGAACAAAAGGCCACCGAGAAGAAAGCCCGAGACGAGGCAAAUGCCGCGGAAAGAGAGCGUCGGCGGACAGAGAAGGGAGAGAAAAGACACACUGAACCUGGCAAACCUCGAUUCCUCCCAAGCUUCCUCGGAAGAGGCGCUGUCGCAGCUGGAGCUGCGGCGGGUGCGGCGACAGCUGCGGGCGUAGAGGGCGCCGCAGACGUUGUCGGGGGAGGAGCCAAGGCCGUCACAGGAACGACCGCACUCCCCGCAACCCUGACAGCCGAAGGUGGUGACGAGCACGCAGGUGGAACUGUCCAUGACCAAGUGACCUUGGAUCCCAACGAAGCCGCUUAUGCGGUCGCUGCCGCAGACGCAGAGACUGAACCCGCAGUGGAAGAGUCGAGAGUUACUCAGCUGGCAGACGAAGAGAUUGGGCCGAAAGACGACAUCGGUUCGACUCCGUAUUCCAAGACAACUCCGCCGCAAGAGCCCACAUCCCCAACGUCACCGACAUUCUCGACCUCUCCGACGUCGCCUUCAAAGCGGGAUUCGCGGGUGAAGACCUGGUUCAGGCGAUUCAGGCCGGGAAGUAAACCGGAGAACGACUUUCUUGAGCAGCCUACGGGGGCAGAAGGAGAACCCAAUGACCACUUAGACACGUUUGCGCAGACAGCUGAGCCGAUCCGGGAAGAAGAUAAGGUCGGCACGGAUUCGAUCCGAGAUGUUGCACUGGCAGGCCGAAGCGACAACGAGACGGACGACCUGUACGGCGGAUCCGUCAAGCCCUAUGGAAGAAUUUCACCCAUUCACAACGAGAGCUCCGAGCCUGGUCCAGCUGUGGCUGCUGUUGAUGCAUAUGGGCGCGAUGUCAGUCCUUCAUCGGACACGUCGUCACUCAGCGAAGAGCCAUAUGUGAUCGCCGCGGACGUAGCUUCCUCCAGAUACUCGACUGAACACACCGGGUCGAAACGAGACUCAGGAUUCGAUCAACUUGCGACACUGACAGACGAAGACGAGGAACCGCGUGGCCGGAAAGGCUUCCGGGAGAGGUUUCUGAAGAAGGUCAUCCCUGGACGAGAUAAGGACAAGGACAAGGAAAAGGACAAGCAGAAGCCCGGGCCGUCUGAGACUGCGGCGCCGUCAGCUUCAGCCCCAGUUCCAACCACAACCACCGAACCCCAACCACAGGCCCCCGCCGAAUCUGCUGAGAUGCCAGAAACAGGCGAAGCUCACACCAAUCCAGACGACCACAUCCUCUCGGAAACGGAACCCUUGCGUGAAAAGGUGCAGGAACCGUCAACCACAUCCACCGAAGCCACGGGAAACACAACCAUCACGGGAACCACGACACCUGCGUUGACGCACGCACAAACCAAUGGGGAUGACGAGGAGGAUUUCGAGGAGGCCCGGGACACAUUCGACGAAGGCCGGCUCGUGAGUGCGUCCAAGGUCGACAGCGGGGCGGCGAGACUGGUCGACGUGGCGGGUCCGAUGAGUGGGAAGAAGAGCGAAGAGAAGGCGAGGGAGGGGAGUCGAUUCACGGAGGAGUUGUGA